AUGGCACUCCUCUCUCUCGCCCAAACCCUCCCGCCUGAGCUGCUCACGCAGAUCUUCGGAUGGCUCAUCGAAGGCAGCCAAAAGCGCAACGCGAUGGACCGUUCUGUGGGAGGGCUCGUCAAAUUCCCCAUUAGCUCCUGCUCUGACGACAUCCGCACGGUCGCGCUCGUCUGCCGCAAAUGGCGUUCGCCCGCACAACGCGCGCUCUUCCGCUUCAUCGACUUCUCGUGCUCCGACCUGGACAAGCUCGCCGCCGUCGUGACGCAGAAGUCGAACCUCGCCGCCGAGGUCCACGCCGUCUGCGCCGGACUGGUCGGCGAGAUGGGCACGGACUAUUUCCCGAAAUCGCGAUCGCGCCAGUACAAGACUGAAGGCGAGACGGCUUGCCGGAUCCUUGCGGCAUGCGGCAACAUCAAGCACGUCGACCUGCGCGGAUUCAUGCGCGAGCUCCACAUGCGUUUACUCGGCAUACUCGAUUCCCUCGAUCUCGAGUCUCUCACCUUAAGUCAGGGGUGGUGGCUUUGGAACGAGACUUGGCGAGCGCGUCUUUGGUUCCCUUCGCCGAACGACAUCACGGUCCUCGCGCAGAAGCCAUCCCUUCGCAUUCUCGAUCUGCGCUUGUGGACAGACCCUGCGAGGCACGGCACGACGCUACCGCCUCGUCCAAUCAACCCGACAUCCUUCGUCACAGCUCUUUCUCUCGCACUUCACGACGCGACCCUCGCCCUUCGAAUGCUUCACGAAGUUGCCGACACGCUCGUCAUCCUCGAAAUAUUCCUCAUGUGCCGGUCUCAAGACGACGGCACGACGAGCGUUCUUGCCACGCUACGCAAGCUCGAGCGGCUCGUACUGAAGGGCGUUUACCUGACGUCGUACGAGUGGCUUGCGCCGGCACUCCCGCAUCUUCCGGUCUUGCGCCAUCUCGCCUGCGACGUGAUGAUGGGCGUUGUUGCGCUGCAGUCACCUCCGCCCAGCCUCACCCACCUUGCAUGCAUAUUUCUCCCGCUCCAGCGUCCGCAUGUGCCGCUUCGCGCCAUGGUCCGCGCAGCGGGCAUGCAGACCAGCCGCCUACAGUACAAGUCCGUUUCCAUAAACAUUGCUCAUGAGGGAUGGGACCAGGACGCGUUUGAGCUCCUGCAAGAGCUGACCAAGCUCCUCAAGAUCCGCGGCGUCGAACUCGAGAUUCCGUCACGCUUUGUCGAGGAGGAGCGCAAUGCUCGGCGCUACUUGUGGUUCAGCUGGUGCGCUCCUCCCCUUCUCUCAGGAAGCGAUUGGUACUGA